AUGUCCCAAAUACCUCUCAACGCAGCAGCCUCCAUAGGCGACAACAAUCGCCAAGUCACCUCGUCCCUCCCACCAGAGGUGAUCCAGUGCCUCGAGAAUGCCCGCUUCCUCCACCUCGCGACAUGCACAGAUAACAUCCCCAACGUCUCGCUCAUGAACUACACCUACCUCCCCUCCUCGCCGUACUCGCCCUCGGAGCCCAUCAUAAUAAUGACGACCAACCCGGCCUCCAAGAAGAUGCACAACCUCCUGACGAACCCGCACGUGUCACUGCUCGUGCACGACUGGGUCUCGCACCGCCCGCCCACCUCGACCGCCAGGCGCCUGUCGGGCGGCGCCGCCUCCGUGUCGCCCACGCGCUCCAGCCUGGCCUCGCUGCUGCUCAACCUUAACACGAGCGCCAUGUCCAGCAUCAGCGCCACCAUCCACGGCUCCGCCCGCGUCGUCCCCGCCGGCACCGACGAGGAGCGCUUCUACCGCCAGGCCCACCUCGACAACAACACCUUCGACUCCGCCGACGGCGUGGGUUUCAACCCCUUCGGCCAGCCCGGCCCCGGCGGUGCCGGCGGCGGCGCUUCGGGCACCGAGGACGGCGGCCGCGAGUGCUUCGUCGCGGGCGAGGAGGUCAGGGUCAUUAUUGUUGGCGUCAGGGGCGUGAGGAUUAGCGACUGGAAAGGCAACGUGAAGGACUGGGAGCUGGUUGCGCCGGCGCAAGGCGACCAGCAGCCUAGUCUGGUAAACGGUGUUAGCUGA